AUGGCGGAAAUCUUAGACAUUCAGAAACCAAUCAUCUUCGAUGAAUCAAUUUCUCACUACGAGGUUCAUUCACAUCAACCUUAUGCAUCAUCAACAUUUAACAAUAGUGAUAAAAUUAGAAUCAGUAUUCAACAUCAAGACUUAUGCAUUCUACCAAGCAAAAGUUCUCUGUAUAUUUGUGGAAGAUUUGUAAAAGAAGAUGGUACCGGCGCAGAUGCAACUAUGAACUUAGUCAAUAUGGCUAUUUGUCAUAUGUUUGAAGAAAUACGCUAUGAAUUAAAUGCUGUUGAAAUUGAUAGAUGUAAAAAUGUGGGUCUCACAAGUCUCAUGAAAAAUUAUAUAUCUUUAAGUCCUGGGCAACUAAAUUUAAUGGAGAAUGCUGGAUGGUUAAUCAAUAAUGACAGUAAAUUAACUAAUGACAAUGGAUAUUUCAAAAUUUCUAUACCACUAAGUUACAUACUUGGAUUUGCUGAAGAUUAUAAUCGUAUUAUCAUAAAUGCUAAACAUGAAUUGAUUCUUAUAAGAUCAAAUUCUGAUGUUAAUACAUAUAUACAUACACCUGCUGCCGUUGGUGAAAACGCUGAAAUAGUGAAAGUUCUUUUCAAUAAGGUAGAAUGGAAUGUCCCAUACGUCACAAUGUCGGACAAGCAAUUUAAAACCGUAAGAUGGACGGUGGAGUAA